GGACUCCCCGGUCCGUCGCGCUGCCUUCCUCGGCCUUCCGAACAAUCGUACGUUUACCUUGUGGUGCUCUGAUCACCUCUUCCAAGAAAGAAAGAAAGAAUACGAGAAAAGAGCAGAGUCCGAGAGAGCCUGCCGGGGAGGGAAGGGAAGGGAAGGGGAGGGGAGGAGAAGGCAAGGGAAGAUUGGACUCCGAUGAAUCUCUGCUGCUGUGGUUCAGACAUAUUUCGAUCGAUCGGGGUUCGAGAACUGGGCGUCUUACGUGGACAGAUAUUGUCUUUUGUGAGUAAUUGACCACGGAAUCGGGAGUGCAUACGAGUAAGGGGCGAGGAAGACAGGGAGGAACGAGAGAAAGGGAUUAGUAAGGGCAGCAAGCGGGCAGGCAGGCAGGCAGGCAGGCGUGUAAGCGGAGGUGAAUUGGGCCUAGUGGGAGAAGGGCAAAGUGAUCAAUUGUUGAACGAAAUGGCGAGAUGAUUCUGUGCACGAGGAAACACUUUGUGUUCAUGAGAGGUGAGGAUGUACUUCGUAAGAGGGGUAGCAAGCAUCUUCGGCAAGGGCUCCGGUGGUCUUCCUGGUGAUUCAGGACCAGGUUCCGAAGGUCACGGACAGAAUCCUAGUUACCAGUUUCUGUCUUGGCCCGAGGUCCGAUUCAGCGAUGAUGACGACGAGGGAGUUUUGGAUAAUCUGUGGCAAGCAUACCAAGAUGCAUCAGGACAGGCGGAGACAAACGUAGCACUUGGAGAUUUUCUUAAGCAAUUUAUUCAGACUUAUGAAAACUGGACUCCCUUUGAUGUUACAUCACCCGGUCUUGUAUCACCUGGUGUGAAAUCUCCGGGUUUUAGUAAGGCCACAGCUCCUUUUGCCAUUGAGGAAGAAGGUGGUUCCCCGGCAAGUUCACCUGCGCACUCUGUGUCCUCUGGAACUCGGGAAAUCGUUGGAUGCGCUUUCGGGCACCCAACAAAAGUUAUUGUGGGAUUGAUCCAAGAGCUAAAACAUCUCAUAAUGUUAAUAUCAGAUUUAAUGUUGAUGGCAGAUAUGACGAAUGAAGCGUGGUUGAGUCCGGAUGACAUGGAGGCUACAGUUCGUCUGCUGAAAGUUCUGACGAUAAUUACUCGCUCGUCCCACAACCGGAGAAUCUUUUCUUUCUUCAGUGGGAUGCAGGCCCUCAUGGGUUUGAUGAAAGCUGCUGUUGUCAAACUGAAAGGAGUUGCUAGUAUCAUCACAGCAGACAAGGAUCCUCCGCCAUCAGCUCUAUCUAGAAUGAGGUUUUUGGAAUGCAUGAUUGCCCAAGUACUCACGACUGUGGGCAACUACAUCGAAACAGAACCCGGCAGAGUGGAGACCUCGUUGGUGGAUACAAAAGAUUCCCCCAGUGUAGGUUCAGAACAAGGAGAAGCUCCAGGGUAUCAAACAGGAGGUAGAGGUUUAGAAAGGCAGACAAGCAGUGGUGAUAUACCAGUGAGAAGACGGCACUCCGGGAGUGGCGAGUCACCUGUAGAAAGAAGUUCUGUGAAUACUGUAGAUAAUCAAGGCGGUGUCGUUGGAUCGCUACCGUUGCUCGAGACUGGCGGAUUAAAUUGGUUCGUAGAACUUCUGCGUAUCUUGAAAAAGCUACGCUUGAGAGGUGCAACAGCAGACAUAUCGUUGGAACAAUUGACUUUGAAGACGCUUCGCGAAGCAAUCUUUUCGAAUCCGAAGUCGCAGAACCAUUUUAGAAGCAUUGGUGGUCUUGAAGUUUUAAUGACUGGACUCGGUAUUCUAGCUCUGAACACACCUAGUUCACCGGGAAUCAAUUCCGAGCAAGACACCUUGAACUUUACGGACGACCUGAAUACCUUCUUAGUGGAUUUUCAGAUGCAGGUUCUCUCGCUUCAAGUCCUAAGGGAGGCAAUAUUUCGUAACGUCGUCAGUCUGCAAGCACUGCGUGAAUAUGGGGCUGUUGAGAAAUUCAGUAAGAUGAUACGCUUUGCAGCUUUUACCAUACCGGAGAUGACCUCAAAAUUGAGGGGCUUUUCCGUUGCUAGCUUGGUUGAGAGUCCUGUCUUUUCACCAAGUAGUUAUAUGACUCAACAGGAUUCCUUGGUGGAGAGGAGGGCAAGUGACUUGACAUUACUACACGGAAGGAAGGAAGACUCUUCUGGUAGUGACAAUCCGACUCGAGUAGAGGCCUCUUUAGACGUCUUAGAAGCUGGAAAUAUUACUGUAGACCCCUCGUCAGGGGACGAUGAUCUUCCAGGAUGGAAUUGGAGAGUUGCAGAUCUGUGCAGAAUUCUGUGCUCUUUUCUUGUACCAUCCGGUGAUGUCAGGAGCUUCGCCAGUGGCAUGGCCAGGAGUCAAGACGUUCCCGGACUUUCGGGAGCUUAUUGGGAACUUGCUUCUCGUUGGAUUGUCAAUGUAUUGUUGGGGGUUUUCAGAGACAGGAAGGAAACCUCAAUUGAAGAAUCUGAAGCUUCGCAAAUGCUGAGGCCAGUAUCGACCACUCUUCAGCAUUAUGUGUUAUUUGUGCUGAAAAAAAUGCUCGAGACUUCUCCUCAUGUCUUGCACAUUUUUCACGAGGACGGUAUCUGGGAUGUUAUGUUUUCAAAACACUUCUUUUAUUUCGGGUUAGCUCUGGAGGAUCAGGUAGCAGUUGGAGGUAAAAAAGUUGCCGAUCGCAAAGUUGUGAUGGAAGGAGUUGAAGAGCCUGUCAUUCAGACAGAUAAAGUGUUUGAUUCAGUAGAUACUGAACCAUUGCGCUUGGAAGUAAUCUCAUUUGUUGAGCUUGCUGCGACAGCCGAAGGAAGCAAUGAUAACAUGCCAGAGUGUGGUGCGCUUCUCAGUGCCUUGCAGAGAUGUAGUCUUAUGCCAAGCAUUACAACUAUGCUUGUGAAAAGUCUGCAUCGUAUUCUCCAGCUAAAUGUCGACACCACCAUCAGCUCUUUCAAAAUAUUGGAUGCAGUCACUAUAUUCGCUUCAAUUAUGGAAUGGCAAAAGCAGAGAUUCGAGGAAUUAUGCAAAGAAGGUUCCAUUAAAGAAUUGGACCUCAUUCAAGUAGCACACGAAGAAGAAUCAUCUACUCUAUCUUCAGACAGAAAUGAGGUCGGGGAAACCCAAGGUGGUAGAUGGCAUGUUCUUGCUGACAUGGAGAUUUGGCAGCAAGCGAGGGAAAAUCUGUUCACCCUGUUCACGGAUUUUUUGACUUUGUGCGAGGAAGCAGUAAUAGAGGUCACACAGAAGUCAAGGGUGGUGAAUGCUUUAUUUAACUUGCUGUUCGAACCAAGGAGCAGGAAGUUUGCUCUUGAUCAUAUUUUGAUGCUCAUGAAGUUACCCCCGAAGACUGACGAGGACCAAAAUGCAAAGAUGGCUCUGUGUCUGCACUAUUUGGAGACACUCCCGCUUGCACAAGUGCAGUGUCGAGGGUCCGAAAUCUCGUUGUUGAUUAGCCUCCUCUCUGGUUUACGUGAAGUUCUGCAAACAGAUCUUACAUAUUACCAAGCGCUAUUCCGAGAGGGUGAAUGUUUCGUUCACAUAGUAUCUUUGUUGAAUGAUGAACAUUCAAAGGAGACCGGCCUUCAACUAAGUUUGGAUGUAGUACUUACCUUGACUCAGCUGCUAGAAGGAAAUGAAGCUUCGAAGGUAGCAUUUCGGGGACUUGUGGGUGUUGGAUAUAAAACUCUACUAAGUUUGCUGGUUGAGAGACAUCAAGGUAGUCCCAGUCAAGGUCUUCUGGUCGCACUGCUCGAUAUGCUUGUCGACGGGGACUUCUCGGCAACUUCAAAUAUGCUUAUACAGAACGAGGAUGUCAUUCUUCUCUUCUUCAAUUUGCUACGGAAGUGUGAUGAGCAAGAACAGUGUAAAGGGCUGGACACUUUCUACCGUUUGCUGGAAGAUUCAACCGCAAAUCAAGCUUCCUGUGUGAGAUCUGGUUUGCUCAGCUUCUUGCUGGAUUGGUUCGCUGUUGCCCAAAGUGAUCUCCUGAUUAUCAAGUUGGCACAGAUCGUGCAAAUGAUUGGCGGUCAUAGUAUCAGUGGGAAGGACAUGAGAAGGAUUUUCUCGUUGCUACGUAGUACAAAUGAUCAUCCAAAACCCCAACAUGGUACCAUAUUGCUGAAAGUCUUACAAGGAAUGCUGAAGGAAGAAGGUCCUGCAGUCUUUUUUGAGAUGAGUGGCAAAGAUUCGGGUAUUGUUGUCACAACACCUCUGCGGUGGCCAUCCAACAGAGGAUUCAGUUUUUCUUGCUGGAUACGAGUUCAGAGUUAUCCUCCACAUAAAGAUGAACAUGUGGAUGAUAGUCUGGUUGGCUUAUUCAGCUUUCUUUCAGAGAAUGGAAAGGGAUGCACGGCUCUUCUACAUGAAAAUUAUCUCAUUUUUGAGUGCAACAGCAACAAGAGACAAACUACAACAUUGGACCUAAAGCUGCAGCUGAGAAGGUGGCACUUUCUAUGCAUCACUCAUAGUACAGGCCGUUCUCUUACCGGUGGUAAUACUAUCAAAAUUUAUCUUGAUGGGAUGCUCGUCAUUGGUGAAAAGUUCAGGUACCCCAGGUUGUUGGAGCCUUUGAUUCGUUGCACAAUUGGAGCAAGCUCACGGUUACCAGCCUCGGAUGGAAGCAGUGGCGACGAAGCCGAAAAAUUUUCUGCACCUUUCUGUGGCCAGCUUGGACCAAUCUACCUGUUUGAUGACGCCCUAUCUGCUGACCAAGUUCUGGGUAUCCAUUCACUGGGUCCGAGUUAUAUGUACUCGUUUCUGGCAAACGAUGUUGGUCGUGUGCCAGAAAACAUGAUAAGCCAGAAUGUCAUUGACUCAAGAGAUGGAUUAGCUUCUAAGAUUGUCUUUGGCUACAAUGCACAGGCAAGUGCAGGGCGGGUUCUUUUUGAUGUUUCUCCUACACCAGAGCAGGUUCCAGAUUCCACUCUGUACGAUGCUUUGAUCAUGGGAGGGACCCAUUUGUGCUACAGACGUCUUGCCCAGGACAGUGUGCACAGUGUUGGUGGAGUAGCUGUUUUCUACCCUCUUCUCGUACAACUUGACCAGUUGGUAAUAGAUUCUGCUUCUCUGUCCGAGCUGUCGAGGAUAGAAAGACAGGCCGUUGAUCGGAUCUCUGAGAAGGGGGUGACAAUUAUGAAAGGAGCAGAAUCUGAGUUUUCAGUGGGAGCUGAUAUCGCUGUUGAGGUUAUUGAACUAGUUACAGCUGUUUUGUCAAGAAACUAUGCAAACCAGCAAUUUAUGCAUAACAUUGCUGGUCUUUCGGUUCUGGGUUAUUUGCUACAAUCAGUAUCACCACAGCAUUUGACUGUAAAUUUCGUUCUGGCGAUGGAGCGGCUUUUAACCACAGUGGUUACCUCCAGCAGUACUUUUCUUUCCCAAGCGCUGGUCAAAGAAGCACUUUCGAAGUUGUACCUCAAUCCCCAUAUAUGGAUCUUCACACCAUUUUCUGUCCAGCGUACUCUUUACUCAUCUCUUUUGAAACAUGUGGAGACGGAUGCCACAAAUCUGAGGAGUAUAUGUGGUCUAGCAAGAAUACUGGACAUUGUUCAGCAGUUUUAUUGGGAUAAGUGCAAGAAACGGAAAGUGCUUGGAGCCAAGCCUCUAGUGCAUCCAGUAACAAAGACAGUAAUUGGAGAGCGGCCUUCGCAACAAGAAGUCGCAAAGUUAAGGCUUCUUGUGCUCAGCGUUGCCGAAAUUUUGAUGCGGGAGCACGUCCGUCUCUCAGACAUCAAAGCUCUGGUUGCAUUUGUUGAGACCAGUGAAGAUGUGGAUUGUUUGGAAGAUGUACUUCACAUGAUUCUCGGGCUGUUGGCACACAAACAGUUCGUGGUAAAAUUCGUGGACCAUGUCUUCACUCUUGGUGGUUGUCACAUUUUUGUCAAUCUUCUGAAGAGAUCACAGGAGUCGAUCCGGUUGUUGGCCCUAAGAAUUAUAGGGGCAGCGCUGGUGGCUGCACCGGCCGAGAAAAAGGGAUUUGCACUGUUUCUUGGCAGUGGAGCAUCCAAGGCUGCUUCAGAACAUCAACGGACGGAGAAGCUGAAGCUAGCUCACCUCUUUGCAACCAUAAAGGAGAGGGUGCUCAUGUUUCCCUUUACGGAUGCCAUGCGGGCUACACUAUUUGACAUGUUACUGGGUGGAGCUAGUCCUAAGCAGGCUUUGCAGGAAGGUGCUGGACAGGUGCAAGGCUUUUCUUCUUGGCGAAGCAGUGAAAGGGCUGCAAGCAGUGCUGGUUCAUUAGCCUUGCCUCAAGUGUUGGAAAUUAUAAUGAAGUUUGUGUUGGCUUGUGAAGAUUUAUCACUCAGGUUGGACAUACUUGAGGACAUUGUACGAUUAAUGGAGGCUAAUUCUUUGAAUAGCGAGGCCCUUGUCCUGCAAUCGACGUGGCAGGACUGGUUCUUUGCGGUAUUGGUAGAAGCAGCAAAUCGGAAUGGCGUUUCUUCAACCUGUGACAAGUUGUGGAUGAUGGGCAAAGAAGAGCUCUUGAUACGAAAGAUAUUCUGCAUUGUACAUACACACUUCGUCCUUUAUGUCAAGGGUGGAUCAUGGCAUGUUGAACGAACGGUAGACUUCGUCCAUUUGUACUCUAAACAGAACAAACUCAACAAGUUCUAUGCGCUUCAUGUUAUUUUGGGAGAUUUAUUCGACACAGUCUUGCAGAGCCCUCAUUCUCAAAUUUGGGCGCAGCCCUGUCGAGACAAUAUUCUCCAUCUUCUAACAUUUGUUGACGAGUUGGUGAUGCCUGAUGCGUUUAAUCUCUUGGCGUUUUCAAGUGAUUCUCUGUGGGAAGAGGCAGAUGAUAGUACUCUGCUAUCCGGUGGGUACGUAGAGUUGGGUUCAAACGUUCCUUCUGCCAAAUCAAGUACUCCGUCAGCUGAGGAGGCAGCUACAGCUACGGCAAGUCACGUCCUGAGACGAGGGGUUUCUUACAAUCAUCCCAAAAACUCGAUGAGGUCUAGUUCUGUGAGCGGAGGAGCAGAAAUUACUGAUAAGACUCAUUACUGGCGCCUCUAUAACCAUAUUUGGAGUCUUCUGCAAAUACUGAACGGAAGAAGGUCCGGAACUAGUAGUUUCUUGUUCCCAGCUUCUUUGGGCCCAAGCUUAGGUCAACGAGCUCGAGGUCUGGUUGAGUCAAUCAACAUUCCUGGAGCAGAAAUGGCAGCAGCUGUAGUUUCAGGUGGCUUAGGAGUUGUUGGUAUCACUUCAAACAAGGGUGGGGACAGAUCCACGAAAGUGAAAGGAGAGAAGUAUCCUCGAGUUGUAUUUCCUCUUACUCUGUUAUAUCUCUACGAAGCUGAGCUCGGGGAAGCAUCUCGUUGUGUACAACAGCUUUUGAAUCUUCUUCCUGGUUAUUUGAAUGUGGAGAGCGAAAGCAACAGAAACAAGUUGCAGCUCUUUCUUUGGAGUUUACUUGAAGCAAGGUCUGAGAUUGGUGCACUUGAUGAUGGGGCUAGAUUUUAUGUGGUUUCUCAGCUGAUUCGAGAAACGAUGGAUCUCGGAAAGAAUAUGCUUGCCUCUAGUUUGGGAAACAAAGAUGUAAUACAAGAUAUAACCCCCCAUCCCAACGAGUCCGCAGUGCAGAGUUUGCUGCAGCGAGAGAGGAUCACAGCAGCUGUGAGAGAGGAGAGAAAAUACAUAGAUUCCUUGAGUACUCAACGACAGCAAGAGGUCGAUUCUUUGCAAAAGGAGUUGUCAGAGGUCAACUCAUGGGAGAUACAGCCGGGGAAAUCUCUUGAAGAUCAGAUUCUUGGCAAUCUGACUCUAAUCUGCCUUGGUGAUCGGACGCGUCGACAUGCCUUUCAACUUCUGUAUGAUGAAGAGCAACAAGCGAUAUCUGAUCAUUGGUGUCACUUGUAUCGUGAUAUGACAGACGAGAGAGGUCCCUGGGCAGUAGUUCCAUUUCCAAAUAAUAUGCCCACACGUUGGAAAUUGGACAAGACCGAGGAUCCAUCUCGUCGUCGUUUCAAGACGAAACGGAAUUAUCACUUUUGUGAGGAACUUUUGCAUCCUGCCAUCGCACCUAGUCAGACUCAGCCUGUGGAGGCCUUUGACGAAGAUCCGCAGAGGGAUAGCGACAAUGCUGCUAUCAACUUCAUUGUUGGUAGCGUCAAGACACUUCUGUUGAAAGGGUUGAGAGGUGUCAGUGAGGAAGCAGAUUCAGAUGACGAAGAGGGCAACGACGGAAGCUCAGAUGAAGUGGAAGCAGAAACUGCGAGCGCGAAGUCACACGAUUCUGAGAAGCUGGAAACUACAUCAAAUGUGGAUCAAGUAGAUGCUACGAGUAAAAUGGCAGAAGAAAUAGCACUUCAGCAGAUUCAGCCUUUACACACACCAGAUUCGGGGGAUCAAGAGGUGCUUCUAUCAGUUGCUUGCGUUUUCGUAAGUCCUAAAAGAAAGCUGGCAGGUAGGUUGGAAUUAAUGCGCUCAUCAAUUCACUUUUACGGGGAGUUUAUAGUUGAGGGUACCGGCGGAUCAACUGUUUUUACUCCAGCAGGAGGGUUAAGUUAUCCUGAUUUGCAGAGCUCAGACAUACUAGAGAAAGGAUCUUCUCGAUCAAAGUCCGGUCUGAAGAAAGAAAGCAUUCCCGGAGGUGGUGCUGGAGAUAUGGAGAAGGGGAAUGCAAUGGAUAGGCUUGAGCCUGUUCGUAAUAUAACACCAUCUGGGACGUCAAAAGACGUCAAACGGCAUAGAAGAUGGGACCUUUUUCAGGUUAAAGGGAUUCAAGGAACGCGAUUUCUCCUACAAUAUACUGCUCUCGAGAUCUUCUUCAGUCACUCGAUUCCGCCAGUAUUUUUGAAUUUCCCAUCCCAAAAGCAUGCCAAAGACGUGAGCACUAUGAUUAUAAAUCUCAGAAGUCGUGGAACAGCAACGAAACCUGGUUCGAAGGAGAAAGAUGAAAGUCUAGUUCUAAUUGACAAGAGAAAAGCGAUAGAUGUAGCCGAAAGGGCUAGAGAUCGCUGGAGGCGUCGAGAGAUCAGCAACUUUGAUUACUUGAUGACCCUGAACACUGUGGCUGGAAGGUCAUACAACGACCUCACUCAGUAUCCUGUUUUCCCUUGGAUAGUUGCUGAUUAUACCUCAGAGAAAUUGGACUUGGCAAAUCCGGCAACAUUUCGAGAUCUAUCCAAGCCGGUGGGCGCCUUAAAUGAGAAACGAUUUCAGAUGUUUGAAGAACGAUUUCGUAGCUUCAGUGAUCCCGACAUUCCCAGUUUCUACUAUGGGUCACAUUACUCAAGUAUGGGUAUCGUGCUAUUCUACUUGCUUCGACUUGAACCGUUCUCAACGCUUCAUCGUCACCUCCAGGGAGGGAAGUUUGAUCAUGCUGAUCGACUCUUUCAUAGCAUUUCUGGUGCAUAUGCGAAUUGUUUGACGAAUACCAGCGACGUUAAGGAGCUUGUACCGGAAUUUUUCUACAUGCCGGAGUUUUUGGCAAACACAAACCAGUAUUUUAUCGGAGUGAAACAGGACGGAGAAGAACUUGGGGAUGUAAUUCUUCCACCUUGGGCGAAGGAUGCUGAAGAGUUCGUUCGUAAGCAUCGAGAGGCAUUGGAAAGCGAGUACGUAUCAGAUCAUCUGAAUGAGUGGAUCGAUCUGAUAUUCGGUUAUAAGCAACGUGGAAAGUCAGCCUUAGAGGCUGCCAAUGUAUUCUAUCAUUUGACAUACGAGGGCGCUGUGAAUUUGGAAGCUAUCGAGAGUCUGAAUGAACGAGCUGCAGUUGAGGACCAGAUUGCUAACUUCGGACAAACCCCGGUACAACUUUUUCGAAAAAAGCACCCGAAAAGGGGGCUUCCAAUGCCUAUUACUCGGCCUCUUUACUACGUUCCUGCUUCCAUCAGCGUGACUACCUCUAUACCUGGAGCAGCAGCUGGACUGAAGAGUUAUCCAACGGUGUUUGUCGGGCUAGUGGAUGGGAAGGUGGUAACCAUAAGCAGUAACCUAACCAUCACUGUCCGUGCUUGGAUAACACCCGCUUUACAAGGAGGAGGCAGUUUCACUUUUUCCUCGUCGCAGGAACCAUUUUAUGGCAUCGGUUCCGAUUCGACACUCAUUCGCAGAAUUGGUGGUCCGAUGGUAGAUGAUGUACCUGUCACUCCAGGUUGUUUUGGCACCCUUCAUUUUCGAUCUCACAACUUCCUUCUAACGUGCGGUCAGUGGGACAACAGCUUCAAGGUUGUGUCCAUGUCAGAUGGACGUAUGGUGCAAAGCAACUGUCAUCACAAAGACGUCAUCAACUGCCUCUCUGUGGCUGUGGAUGGAAGUGUGGUGGUGACUGGAAGUUGCGACACAACUGUGAUGGUAUGGGAAGUAGAACUUGCCAAAACUAGGCGGACAACUGGAGGCAAAGACUCUAGCAGUAGUAGUAGCAGUAGCAGUAAUGAGAGGUCUAAUAGACUAGACCCCGUUAUAAUAUCCAAUAAACCUCGUCAUGUUUUAUGUGGACAUGACGACGCCGUAACAUGUGUUGUAGUUAGAGUAGAGUUGGACCUUGUGGUCAGUGGGUCAAAGGACUCCACUUGUAUCCUUCACACAUUGCGACUGGGCCGAUACGUCCGAUCCAUUCAGCACCCAAAUAAGAGUCCUAUAUCGAAGCUUCUCGUGUCACAACAGGCGCGCCUGGUCAUGUUCUCUAACGAAGACCUGAACCUUCACCUUUUUUCGGUGAACGGGAAGAAGCUAGCCGUAGCAGAAACCAAUGGACGUGUAAAUUGCAUGGAGCUGAGCAGUUGUGGGGAAUUUAUAGUCUAUGGAGGUGACAACGGUCAAAUUGUCGUCAGGAGCAUGUACACAUUGGAAGUAAUUAGAAAGUAUGAUGGUACUACCUCACCUGUAACAGCCUUGGUUGUGACACCCGAGGAUUGUUUUUUAGUUGGCACACAAGAAGGGGAUUUGGUGGUUUAUUCCGUGGUUGUCCAACAGCAACCAGCCCGUAAAAGUAGUGCCUUUUUGUCUGCCCUUAGACGCCCUUCGGCAGCAGCUUUUUGAGUUGCCAGGGGCCUUAUUUGAAAGCACCCUAACAUAGUUGUCUUCCUCUCCUGGCCAAAUAUGCCUCUGAGAGAUAUCAUUUUUUCAAUAAAUCCUAUCCAUUCUAUGCUCG